UAGCCGGACGGAUGAAUGGAGAAUUCGAGAGGAAAAGAGCAAACGAUGCACUGGUUCGCUCAGAUCGGCGGUGACGACGACUCCCUCGCUUUGUCAGAUGUGAAGCGCCGGCAAAGUCUCUACGAUGAGGAUUCCCUCGACGGCGAUCGUCCUUAUGAGAAUGAAGGACGGGAGUCGACGGGAAGCUCGAAGGAGUUGGACAGGGCGAAGCUCGUCCGCGAGAGACAGAACGAGGAGCGGCAGCGGAAGUUGGAGGAGCUCAGGCAACAGGCGCUCGCCGCGCAACGCUUCCGCGAGCAGCGCGAGGAGGAGCGACGAAGACGAAUCGACGAGCUCAGAUCGCGUGACAACGACAGACGAAAUCAAGUUGAGGAGAGAAAACGGCUGAUAUGCGAGGCGGAGCGGGAAAGACGGGAGGCGAUCCUCCGGAAGAAUCAAGAAAGAGAGGCGCGCAUAGAGGCGAAGAGAAAGAACGAGAGGUCUCACAUCGUUUUCGCGUUCGGCAGUUCCACGCCGCGGAUGCUCGAACCCGCCGACACAGGCGGCUCCACCUUCUGGGGCACUCGCAGAGCCACCUCCACCACAAACGUCAUGAUGUUCUCCGCGGCGCAGCCUCUCACCAGGAGGUCCUCCGAAAGAGAGCUAGAUGGUAGCAAGAAACGCGCUACUUCCGCCGGCGGCCUCGACCGGAAGCCCGGCGAAGAUAUGAGAAUGUCCUCGUCUAUGUACGAGGUGUUCAAUUGGAAUUCUAGCCCCGAUCCCCCCUUAACUCCUGCCAAGCAUAAGAGAGCCAGCCUCUCUCUGCCCCCCACAACCGACAUCUUUGCUGUUGAUGAUAAGUCCGAUAGCGACACUAGGCGUCCUAUGAUUCAGCGGGCUGCCAGUGGUGAAGAGAGCGACAGCGGCACACCCGGCACCCCGAGCUCGGUUUAUCUGCGCGUCAACAGAAGACGCACCGACCUGAUGCCGACGAUACCGUCCCCGCGCGACGGCCCGCCGUCGUCGGCGCGCAGCUCUAGCUCCAAGGCCUUCACACGCUCGCCAGGUAUCCGCAGCGGCGAAGUGACACCCAACAGCCCGUCCCGACCGCACAGCUCCAUGAGCCAGCAGAGCGCCAGCAGCGUGGCCAGCAGUAACGUCAAUCUGCGUAACCGCACGACGCGCCGACCGCGGCCUGCUUCUAUUGCCGGUACCGGUGUCUCUAUCACAGAGAAACACAAUCUGGUAGGUGAUGUGAAAUUAACGAAGGAUUCAAAACCACCACUGCCAAAGGUCCAUAGCACUCCAAAGAAACCUUCUACACCCAAAGCUACGGAGGUGAGGAAGCCAACGGAGAAGUUAAUCAAGAACGCCAAGUCGUCACCGCGAAUAACCCCGAAGGCGACACCCUUACAGAGUCCCGGAGCUGAGCACGCACCUCUCAUCCGUGAGACAAACGCGGAAAUAAUAAAACAGAACGAGGGUAAGGACGCGCAGGAUGUGAAAUCGGAGGACAAGAACGAGGAGAAGAAGGACCAGGGCAGCGAGAAGACGCAGCAGCAGGAAACGAAUAUUACUGAAUCCAUAACCAACGACACGAAGGUAGCGACAGAGUCUGUGUCUGCAAGCAAACAAAUCAAGGACGAGACUAAUUUAAUGCAGGAAACCUUGUCAACGGAGGAACCGCCGAAAGUCAAAAAGGAAGAGAACAAGCAGGAAAAGAAACCGACGGAAACGACUGAAGCUAAAUCCGAAAGCGAAACGGACGAGCAAGUCGACAUGUCAGCUUCGAUGAUCGCGAAAAUUAGGAUCACCACUGAAGAGGAAGCAAAAGCUGCUUUGGCUGAGCGUAGAAGAUUAGCUCGAGAACAAGCGGAACGAGAGGCAGAAUUGGAACGUUUGAGACAGGAAGAAGAAGCUCGGUUAGAAGCUGAAAGAUUGCGCGCAGAAGAGGAAGAGCAGCGUCGUCUGGAAGAGGAAACCAUACGCUUAGCGAAUGAAGCUCGGGAGGCGGAGGAGCAACGAUUGCGACUGGCGAUCGAGGAAACUAAACGUCGCGAGGAAGAGGACAGAAGAAAAAGAGAAGAGGAAACUCGUCAGAAACAAGAGAAGGAGGAAGCAGAACGGAAAGCUAGAGAAGAAGCGGAAAGACAACGAAUCGAAAUGGCCGAAAGGCUUAAGAAAGAGGAGGAAGAACGCAACGCUAGGCGCAAACGAGUGGAGGCGAUUAUGCUUAGAACAAGAGGAAAAAAUCAAAGUAACGCGCCUGCCAAGGGAGAAGCUGGUGACGGCGACAAGCUGAAGGAGGACAGUCCCAGCGAUGAGAAUAAACCAGUGCCGGACGGAAAAGGCGACGAUGUCAUGACAGCCAGUUUAAUUUCCGAGGCGACUCAGCAGUUCAUCAGCAGCGAGCAACGGGCUCAUCACACGGAAAACAGCGUGCUCGCGCCGGAUAUAGUGCACAAUGGCACAACAACAACAACGACAACAACACAUAGAAAUGGGAUUAACGAAAGCAAAAACAACGUAAUGGAUAAUAAUCAGGGUAACGGUGAAGGGGAAUUGAACGGUCAUCAUACGAAUCACGGGAACGGUAUCAACAAUCAAUCGAUUACGCUGGACAAUGCCACUGUCAAGCAAAACAACGUGACCAACAACCUGUUAGACCUGUCGGACUUCGACACUCUGAGUAAUAACAGUAGCGGCUACAGUACCGGACCGAUACUCGAACUUACGCCCAAUCUGGCGAAUGAGGAUACCCUCAACUCCAAUCUGAAUCCGUCGGCGAUGCCGUUUACCCCGAUGGGCUUUGUACCCGCCCCCGCUAACGCCAAUGUCAAUCCGUUCCAGGACAAUUUCAUCAACAAGCCGCAGGAUAACAAUCAAGUACCAGAUCUUUUGUCAUAAAGAGAAAGUCUCUUACACAGUCCCGGACAAACGGAGAGAAGUUGGGUAAUUGAUGAACACAUGAGAGAUCGUGACAAGCGAUAUUCAGAAAAAAAAAACAAACAAACAAACGAGACGUCGUUUAUGAUCAUGUAAAUAAUCGCGGUCGCGCGAUUUAUCACAUAUAGAGGAAAUUUCGUCUGGACGGAAAGGGCGGCGCGCAACGCAGGACAUUACAUACCACAUCCCUGUAUUCCACAUUUCGUGCAGAUACUAUGGGCAUCGUAGGCGGAUUAAAAGAAAAUGUAAAAUAAUAUAUAAAUGUUAAUUAACUAAUUAUAUACAGCAAGUGUGUGGACACUCAGUCUGUGAAUGUCGUAGCGUACGCUAUUAGAUGAAUACAACUUUUUAAAGGACCUCCGAAAGGAAGGGGUUGAUAGGCCUGUUUGUAACACAAUUUUCAGAUAUAUACACAAACAUAUUUUCUGAUAAUAAAAUGUAACAUUGAUUUCUCUCUCGCAUACACACAUUACAUACACGUAUACACACACAAUCACACACGCACACGCACACGUAUAUAGAUUACGAGUAAAAUUUUGAGGCAUUAAAAUCGGUAGAGAUGGGGGUAAUGGAAAAUCGCGCGGAACGGAAUGUGCACGCUGAAUAAACAAUAAUAGCACAAGAUGAGUAAAAGAAGGAAACAAGAGCGAAAGGAAUGUUUUAGAUCAACUAUUGAGAAAACGUAUCUGCCGAAGCAAACGGAUUAGAGAAAAUGUCCCAAUUUUAAGAGAUAGCUUAGCGAAGUUCUAUAUUUCAGCAACUUCAGAAUAGCGAAUGUGGAAGUGCGAACGAUCGCGUCCGAGAGAUAUUUUACGGACGGGGAGGGAGCGGGAGAGAGAGAGAGAGAGAGAGAGAGAGAGAGAGAAAGAGCAUUAGACAGA